AUGUCGUUUAAUUUUCUAUCUAUUUAUCUGUUUUCUUCUUUUCUCUAUCCAUUAUUUAUUUCUGAAAUCUAUCUAUCUAUCUAUCUAUCAAUUUCUCAGGUUUUCUUUCUUUCUCUAAUCUAUCUAUCUAUCUAUCUAUCUAUCUAUCUAUGUCAUGUCUAUUUAUCAUUCGGUUCUUAUCUAUCUAUCACUUUCUUGGAUUUUAUUUCUUUAUCCAUUCCUUCUUUCUUUCUAAAAUCUAUCUAUCUAUCUAUCUAUCUAUCUAUCUAUCUAUCUAUCUAUCUAUCUAUCUAUCACUUUCUUAGUUAUCUAUCUAUUUAUCUAUCUAUCCAUCACUUUCUUAAGUUUUCUUUUUUCUCUGUUCAUUCUUUCUUUCUAAAAUCUAUCUAUCUAUCUAUCUAUGUCAUGUCUAUUUAUCAUUCGGUUCUUAUCUAUCUAUCAAUCACUUUCUUGGAUUUUAUUUCUUUAUCCAUUCCUUCUUUCUUUCUAAAAUCUAUCUAUCUAUCUAUCUAUCUAUCUAUCUAUCUAUCUAUCUAUGUAAACAUUUUUCAAUAUAUUUCUCUUCUGCAUCUUUGUAUUCUUUCCUCGACAUCAUAUGAAUAA